UGGAUACCAGUGCUAGUUCCACCUGUCACUGAGAAAGACGUUCGCAACUUCGAUAUAUAUGCCGAAUACGCUCUUGCGUCCUAUUGUAAUUACGCCACCAAUGCUGGAGAUCCAGUCAUUUGCCAGGGCGGUUGCCCAACCGUACAAUCAGACGGGGCUAUUAUUGUCCAAGGCUUUGAGGGCCCUCUCACCAAAAUUGCGGCCUACGUUGCCACCAUCGACUCACGAAAACAGAUCGUUCUUUCCGUUCGAGGUACAUCCAACAUUAAAAACUGGUUGACGAAUCUCAAGUUUGUCGCACAAAAUUCGGACCUCGUCGAAGGCGGGCUUAUUCAUGGUGGUUUCAGCAACGCUUGGCAAGAAAUAUCUGUGGGAGUAUUGGCCGCAGUCAAGCAGGCCAAGAAGGAGCAUCCAACCUACUCGAUCAUCGCAACCGGCCACUCACUUGGCGGUGCUGUCGCAACCAUUGCGACGGCCUAUCUUCGCAAAGCAGGCUACGACGCGGACUUAUACAGCUAUGGUGCUCCUCGCAUUGGAAACGGCGCCCUCAGUGAUUUCAUCACAAACCAGAAGGGCAAUGAGCACAGAAUCACACACGGCCGCGAUCCUGUGCCUCGUGUUCCUCCCUCCGCCUUGACGCCCUACAAGUACCGUCAUGUGUCUCCUGAAUACUGGCUCACAGGCAAGCCUGCAGACCCCAACAACUGGCCAAUUGCCAACAUCACAAUCUGCGAGGGGAAUAACAACUCCGACUGCAACGGGAGCUCGGUGAAGUUCCGUAUUAAAGAUCAUUUGAAUUAUCUGGGAUCUACCGACUGCAGGCCCAAAGGUGCAGCAGCGUCGAAGUUUCAGUCUAUGUCAGACAAAGAAGCUGCCGAACUUGAUCAGUUACUCAGCGAAUGGGUCCAUAUGGAUGCUGCGGAAGAUGAGGUAUAG